GGCUCCUCCUCCUUCCUUUCCUCCUCCCUCCCCAUCCGCCUCGCGCCGUCUGCUUCGGGACCUGCUCCGUGGGACCGAGGAGCCACAGUGUGCGUUUGCCGAGCGGCCGAUGAAGACGGACAAAAAAUUCCUGGACGCUCUGUCGUCUCCGUUCGGGGUGCGUCGAGGCAAUGCCGACUACGAAGUGGCCCCGACCGAGAAGGAGGCCGGCAUGCCGGGCCCCGACGAAGACGUCUUCCUCGCCGUGGACGUUAUUCCGAUGAAGCCCGAGUCGCCCGGCGUCGGCGACGACCUGGGCUCGAGCGAGGAAGACUUGCCCGUGCGCGGGAACUGGGGAGGCAAGCUGGACUUCAUUUUCGGCUGCGUGAGCUACGCCGUCGGCCUCGGCAACGUCUGGAGGUUCCCGUACCUGGCCUACGAGAACGGAGGAGGCGCUUUCCUGGUUCCCUUCUUUAUCAGCAUCAUCCUCUGCGGCGUGCCGCUCUUCGUCAUGGAAGUCUCGAUUGGGCAAUACCUCAACACUGGCGGCAUUGGAAUCUGGAAUUUGGUGCCCAUGUUUAAAGGUGUGGGAUUUGCCUCGAUGACCAUGAUUGGGCUGAGCAACAUCUACUACAUCGUGCUCAUCGCGUACACGCUCUACUACCUGGUAGCGUCGUUCCACAGCCCGCUGCCGUGGGAGCAGUGUGGCAACGAAUGGAACACCGACCGCUGCCUGGGCAUCCAGGAGAACCACUCGUCCCUCGUCGCGAGGAACCUGACAGCCGCCCAGGCGGUGUCCUCCGUCAAAGAGUACUGGGAGCGUAACGUCCUAGACAUCACGAACGGACUGGAGGAGGUCGGUUCUCUGAGACCUGAGCUCGCACUCUACCUUCUUCUAGCAUGGUUCCUCGUAUAUACUGUAAUCUGGAGGGGACUUCAUCAAAGUGGGAAGAUCAUCUGGUGCACGGCCCUGUUCCCGUACCUCAUCCUAUUUAUUCUCUUCAUCCGCGGCGUCACCCUGGAGGGUGCUUCGGACGGUCUGCUCUACUACCUCCGUCCGGACUGGACGAAACUCAGGGACCCAAGGGUGUGGAUCGCGGCGGGCACGCAGGUGCUUUUUUCCUACGGCAUCGGCAUUGGUGCCAACGUGGCCCUGGGCAGCUACAACAAGUACAACCACAAUUUCUACAGGGACUCGAUGAUCGUGUGUACCAUAUGUAGCGGGACCAGCCUCUUUGCGGGCCUGGUCAUCUUCUCGGUUCUGGGGCACAUGGCGCACAUUCAGGACAAGGACGUCUCUGAAGUCGCCAGAUCAGGCCCCGGCUUGGCAUUCCUGGCCUACCCCGAGAUGGUAGUGCAGCUUCCGUUCGCACCCGUCUGGGCGGUCCUGUUUUUCCUGAUGCUCAUCGUGCUGGGAAUCGACAGCCAGUUCUGCACUGUCGAGGCCUUGGUCACGGGUCUGGUGGACGAGUUCGCCUCCACCCUAAGGCCCUACCGGCGACUGUUCACUCUCGGCGUCGUGAUCGUCCAGUUCCUGCUGGGUCUACCCCUCGUCACUCAGGGAGGAAUGUACAUCUUCCAGCUGAUGGACUUUUUCUCGGCAAGUGGUGUCUCCCUCCUGACGGUCGUCUUCUUCGAGAUUGUGGGCUUCGCUUGGAUAUACGGUGCAAGGAGGAUUUACGCCAACAUCAAGGACAUGAUUGGGUUUACACCGAACAAGUACUUCUUCUUUUGCUGGUUAUUUGCAGCUCCUUGCAUGAUUGUGGGCAUGUUGGUGUUCUACAUCGCUCAGCCUGAGCCGGUCACUUACUCAGACCACUACGUGUACCCCUGGUGGGGGGAGAUGGUCGGUUGGGGAAUGGCGCUGGCGUCCAUCACCUGGAUUCCCACCUACGCCAUCUACUUCCUCUGGAACAGCUCCGGUUCUCUGCUCGAGCGCAUCAAGAAGGGAGUUACGCCUCAGGUGGUUCCCCGCAAGGCCCAGGAGGGCACCCCGACUUCGGACGAAAGCCUGACUCUCGACCCCCCGGCCAACUCAGUCCGGGUCCUGCUCCAAGAAAAGUCCUGAUCACUGUUACUCCGGCACCGUCUCUGACACUAAACUGUUGGUCUGUUAACUAGGCGGGAGAAGGGGGGAUAGGGCUUCUGCCUGCGGGGCUAAGGAACGGGGUACAUCAACAACAUCUCAGUUUUUCUCUGCCUGUUGGUUCGGCGAGAAAAAACAAAGCAGAAAGUCCUGUCUUCCGCACUUAAGUUGCCAAAGACCGUUUCCAAGCGAGGAACGUCUAGACGCCGGUUCGUGAGCGGCAUACAUUUCGGUGGAAGGAAUCUCAAGGGUGUAGCACAAGACUGUAGCGUGGCAGGCGAGCAGUCUGAUGCACCCCGGCAGAUGUCUGCCAACGGGUAUGGUUGGACGAUGGGUAUGAAAGUAUGGUUUCUCACUGUUGAUGGACGCAGGUGAGGUCUUUUCAUCUGGGUUGAAUUGUUGUGGCAUUUGGCGAGUUGCGCCCCGAAUGUGAUUCCAUUUUCGUGCGCUGUGUUCAGUCUUCCGUUUGGUCCUGGUGACUGUACGUCAGUAGAGAACCUACACCGAUUCCCCGCUUGUAAGUUUGUGCCUCCGAAUGUAGCUGUUUGCGGACUCCUCGAGCUGGUUGAGUUUCUCUGUGGGGGUUCGUUCUAAAUUUCGAAAUGCGUUGACAAAACCUAUUUCGUAAUAUGGAUUCACCUUUCUUACAGAAAGACGCGCAUAAUUGAGCGAAGCGUCUAAAUUGUUUAAGCGAAAUAUUUUUUUUCGGGGAAAAUUACGUACCACGGAAAGUAAAAAAAAAAGUCCAUGAAGAUGCAAUCUGCUGCGUUGACAAUAGCCCACGAGUUGGGUAACAAUCCGGUGAAAGGUUCGCAUUCCAGUGUCUCCACACGCGCGGUGAUGUAGGAAGUUCCGAGCGUCGGGACCUCUUCCCUCCUAUUUACAAAACAUUGCAUCUUCCUAGACAGAGUGAGACGCGAGUAGAUUUAAGAAAGUAGUUUUUCUUUAUCAGCUCAUUUCGUCAGACCUCUAAGCAAAGUGACGUUUUUCUCUCGACGGUGGCACACCAGCAGGUCGCAUUUCAAUAUUACGUACAUUUUUGUUUGAAUUUUCCAACCGGUGAUUCCGCACAUAGUGCAUUGAAGAAGCUGCAUCUAGGAGCAUAAGGUAACUUUGAGAGCAAUAAUAUGCCAUAAGUUCUUUCUUGAUUUUAAUUGCACCGCCACCGAAUAAGAGCAGAAAUUGCUCACCAAUAUGCUCAGCGAAAAAAGACGUGCAAAACUUGGAAAAUGAAAAAUUUGGGAAAUGCGUGAUUCUUUUGUGUAUGGGUGUAAUCAGGUAGUUCAUUAUUAGAUUUGACUUUUCAAUUUGCGUCGGUCAUGAGUACAGUGUUCAAAAAGACGGUAGGCUGUUUUACCUGCUGGUGUGGACAAAUUGAACGGCUUGUACAUAGUUGUAAAUAUGUCUUUCAUGUGAAAUGCACGUUUAUAUAGUAAGUUGAAUACAGCUAAACCUGGUGGACUUUAAUGACAAUUCGAGGUCACCACCAGGGUUAUAGUAUAAUCUUUAUCAGGCACAAAUUCAGUUUAUCCGAAUAAAUAUAAAUAAAGCAUUCACCGAUAGUUAAGCGUUAUCCGUUUGUUAUCGUGGUGAAGGGGAAUUACGCUAUAAUCUUUAAUAUUUAGGGAGGAUAUAAAAAAAAAAGUUGACGAAAGCUUUGUCUAAGAAUUACACAAAUUUCCUAAUGCAAUAAAAUUAAUGGCUACUAAGGUAUACUAUUUUUGUUGGAUUCGGUAGACAUUGUUUGCAAACGCACCCGGUCGCAUAUGUACGCAGCUAGGAGCGUGGAUAUAAUAGGCGAUGAUUAUUUGCAAACUUCGGGUACCUUUAGACGCCGACGUAUUGUGUCAGGGAAGCUGACAUUUUUAUUUUUGUAAUAAUUCAAAUUUUAAACUUUUAUUCCUUAACGAAAUGCAAUUCCACUCAAUUAAUAAGCGUUACAAACACAGCAUUUCGGCCGCAUGCCGGCAUGGCAAUCUAAAUUACAUUUGCACACUUGUGAAAAAAUUCACAAGCUUAAUCGAGGUUUCUUAUGGGGAGGCAAAAGAAGCAUGUAGUAUUUUCUUUUCGUUUGUAACAUUUGUUUAGCGCCAAGUCUUUUGUUUAUUCAUAUCUCACAUUGUACACACGCAAUAUUGUGUUUAAUAUGUGAACUAUGCUCUGUACAUAAGUGUAUAUACUAUGUGUGCAUUUAUACCUACGGUAGGGACAGUGCCUUCAAAUUAGGAUCGCGUGGAAAUAUUUUGGUAAGGGUCGUUGGUAGCUUUAUACGUUGUCGACUUGAGGCGUGCGCAGUGCUCAUAAAUGGAUGUGUGCGACGCAGAAGGCCACAUUGCACCUGUUAGGCACUGUUAAGUGUAUGGCAUUUCUAAAAGUGUAAAUAUACACUGAAAGAUAUGUGGCAUCAAUGAAAGAUAAAUAGGAAAAUGUCAUUCAAGUGGAACGAAUAGAAGAAAGCCAAAUACUACCUGCUGACAUUUCCACAAAUGUGCUCCCAAGAACGAAAUGGGUAUUUUUUGUAUAAAUGGCAGGCGGCAUAAUUUUAAAGAUUCUUUUUUUUUGCGAUGUAUUUAAAUGACUAUGAUACGCAAAGUACAAAUUGAAUAAGUUACUAAAAAAUAUUAUUGGCGAUAAAGAAAGUUUUAAAAUUAAUUAUAGGGAAAAUCGUACAUCACUAACAAGAAAUAUUUGUCAAUCUGUGAUCGAGGAAGUAAACUUUUGUGCUGCUUAAAACUUUAGCCCAGACACUUUUCUAACGUUUAAUAGUUUUAGCACCAUCUGUUUACCAUACGGAAGAAUAUUUUGGAAGUGGUGCCAUAUUGUUUGUCUUGUUAAAGUUUAUUUCAUAGACUACAAGUUGUUGGUGAAAAAUACUAUAGAAACAGUUCUUGUUGUUGAGCUGGAUCACAGGCCAAAUGCACAGCCCCCGCGAUAUAUUUUUAAUUGUGACGAAAGUAGCGGAACUCGUCGGUUAUUUUAACAGCAUCUACUUCAAGAAGCCAUGCAACAAGUUACGCGAAUCAUUGUGGUCCGGUCCCGAUGCACAUCUAGUCCAUAAGCUGGUUUUGUCUCUUGUAUUCCAUAUGCAGAAAUAAACAAACACAUAUCCACGCAA